AUGCGCACCAGCAUUAUUUCCCCCAACGGCAGUGUAAACCGCACGAGGAGAGGGAGGAGGAUGCAGCUGCUUGCGGUGGUGCUUUUUGCAUUCAUCGCUUUGGAAACCACGACUGUCGUUUCGGCGGAAAAAGUUUUGAGGCAUCCCGUGGCGUCAAGCAGCGGACGUUGCGCAAAGGGCGUGAAGGCAUACUUGGUGCAGACCGUAAAACAGCGUGCGGAGGUUGCUGCCUCCGAGACGAGGGCGCGUGCAGAAUUGAACGAGGCACGCAGCAUUGUCGAGGAGGAGAAGGGCGGCCAGCGGGAACCAAAAGAAGACACUCAGGAGCGUGUCCGUGCCGCAUGGUCCAAAUUUGAGUCCGCCUCAGCAGCAGCGCAGAAGUUUGACGCGGCGGUAUUGAAUUCGCACGGCAAACUGCCACUCGAGUGUAUUCUGGAGGUGGAUGCACUGCGGGGAACAGACCCCAACGCCGAGUCGUGGUUUCGACAGACAAUUCAUGCACUGGAAAAAGUCGCAUUACACCUGCGACUCUACGGCGAGACGCUACGUGGGGUGGUGUUAUUUAAUCUGGCAGAGUAUGAGUCUGCAGUGUCCUCCUUUUAUGAUUUUGUUGAAGUGUUUAGUGCAAAGUCGCAGCAAGCCUACAAUGAAAUUCAACAACGAAGAAAUAAAGUAACGUUUGGGGAUGAGAACGGUGGCCUGCGGGAGUUGGCGGAGCUUGCGCUCAUGUACACGAGGUUCAUCACCCUUGCCCUUGUGCCCUGGAUGACAGUUUUCUCGGUGUUUGUUCUUCUGAUCAUCUUUGCCCCAUUUUUCCUUUCAGCGGUCCUAUUACCGCAACUUGUUUGGCGCGUGUGGGUGCAACUUUUCUUUCUGCACUAUACAUACGGUCUGACUGUCGACGGUCUUUUUAACUCUCUGCAGCAGUACUUCGGGCUUCUCAAGGAGAAGGACUGGGCGGGGUUGCAGGAACGUUUCCUAAAGGCACUCUUGACGUUGGCGACAGCUGAAGGAAGUUUGGGAACGUUCUAUAACGGCAUCAUUGCCGUCACACUGAUCAUAUCAACGGUGGCAAUUCUGCUCACUUUCAUUUACUACUGGGUGAAGUUACCCUACUCGCUGAUGGCGCGGGAAGGGGGUGGCGGGGGUAAAAGGCAUGCGCGGAACCAAUCGAGAAAAGGGGCGCCACAGACUUCCAGCAGCGGCGGCAGCACCACAGCAACAACAACGGCUGCGAAUGCGGGUCCUAAAGACAAAUCCCCCGCACAUGUCAGUGAGGCCGCACGUCACAGCACGAGGAUGAGCAACAGGCCAACAGGGGAUGGUGGCGGCAACACUGGUAACAGUUCAGAGAAAAACAGUAAGAAAAAGGCAUAA